UGUCCAACAGAUGGUGCUUCAUCUGAUCAGAAUAGCAAUAAUUAGCAUAACAAAGUAAGGCAAAGCAAAGAUGAUGUUCUUUACAGGAAAUGCUCAAUAUGUUCACCAUCAUCCCUCAACAAAAGCUGUAGUCGAGGAAUAAUGUUGUGAACAGCACUGUAAAGCAUGUCCGGAGUUCUGGUGAAGCAUUGGCAUCGGAUGUUGUCUUUCAGCAUCCCUAGAGAUGUCGGUCGAUCACGAUACACUUGUGACUUCAGGUAACCCCAAAGCCAAUAAUCGCACGGACUGAGGUCUGGGGACCUGGGAGGCCAAGUAUGACGAAAGUGGCGGUUGAGCACACAAUCAUCACCAAAUGACGCGCGCAAGAGAUCUUUCUUGUGUCUAGCAAUAUGGGGUGGAGUGCCAUCCUGCAUAAACAUUGUACGUUCCAGCAGAUGUUUAUCAGCCACCAGGCUGGGGAUGAUGCAAUUCUGUAACAUAUUGGCGUACCUCUCACCCGUCACAGUAGCAGUUACGAAACCAGAAUCACGCAUUUUUGUUCUAAUAAAACCCCAUGUCAUUCCAAGCAUGUGUGUCAAUUUUUACCCCUCUAUCUACAUUAUUCCGUGGUUUAUUAAGUUUUCAAAUUUAUACUGACUUUUUGAUCACCUGAUACAGUGAAGAGGAUAUCAUUUACAAUGAACAAGUAAUACUACAUAAAUUUUAUCAUUUGAGCUAUAGCUGUAGAUGACAACAGGAUUGAUGUAUGACACUACAAAUAUGUCUUGUUCAUCUGGGAGUCGAGUCCCCUUCAUGUGCAGAUGUUCAAAUACUUCAGUGCAGUUGUAUGUCACACUUUGAAAAAAUUUCUGUUGUGGAAUGACAGACAAUGUCAUAAAAACUCUAUAUCAUAAAAGCUUUGUGGAAAUACCAACAAGUAAACUAAACUGUCAUCCUGUAUCUUGGUGAUGUUGCAGGAGGACAGUUGCAUUAUGAUUUUAAGCAUAAAUUAUUGUUGCUAAAGCAAAGGCUGUAGAAGGUAUAUGUUUAUACAGCUUUCAGUCAUAGUUACAAAAAGAAUAAAUGGAGUGCUGUUCCUGAGACACGGUUAUCUUUUCACGAGGAGCAGUUAUAAAUGAGGGAAUUACCAAUUGAUGGAUCUGGCUUCUGCAGAGUUCAGGGCAAGUUAACUUAUAUGGUUUGAAACAAUGGAUCAUGGGAAAACAACAGAAGAAAUAGACUCAUCAGUGGCUGAAUUAGUCAACUUGAUGAAUGAUACUUUCACAUGCUGCAUGAGGAACUAUCAAGCCUUACUGCCAUACCUUGAGAAAAAGAAUACAAGACCCAAAAUAUAUCAAAAAUUAGUGCAUGUUAAUAUAAUGCUGAACAAGUUGAAUGAAGAACUUGUUGGACUUAGAGUUGAAUAUGUAACUGUGUUGUCACAUGAACAAGAAAGUGAGGCCAUUGUGUCUGAAAGAGGUAGGAAAAGAAAAACAUCUGAUGAGUCCAUGGUAGGCAGACCUGAGACCAAAAGUAUAAAAACAGAAGUACUAUUAUCCAGUAGCACUAAGUAUUCCUCAGAGAAUUUUGUAUCAAAAGAAACUGAAGAAACAAGACAUACCCAGGUGCAGAAGACUGACACGCACAGGAUGGAAAGUAUAAAAACAGAAGUACAAGAUUCCAGUGAAGUUGAAGAUUUACUUGUUUUCCCCAUUAAUAAUAGCGAGAGUCCUACAUCUCAGGCAUCACUUGAUACUAGAGAUAAUAGAGUGACUGUUUGUUUUGAUGGUGAUGAGGAAAGUGCAUCUGUGGCAGAUAGGCUUGUGAGGAUUAAUACAUAUGUUAAACCCAUUGAUACAAUUACUCAGACAAAAAAUAAUGAAAUGUGUCUUCCAUUGCAAAAUUCCGAACGUGAGACUAGAGAUAAAGAGAAAUAUGAAGACAUUGGCAAACUUCUUAGUAAAGAUCAUAAUACUCACAGAGGACUGGAAAGAGAAGUUGGCUGUGCCACUUCUUUCUCUUACCAGGCAGAAAGACCUUUCAACAAUAAAGAACCACCUGUUCCUUUCACUGCUUGUGAUAAGGAAUCUGAUAUGUUGAUGGAAAGGAGAGCAAACAGUUGUAACGAGGUAGAGAAAAGAGCUCAUUCUCCUAUAAGAUAUGAAAAAGAUUGUGUACCUGUUCAGAGGUCAGUGGAACUGUUUAGUCCAGGACAUGAACUUUAUGGUGUGAUAAGGUACGAGAAUCGGAAAUUGAAAUGCGUGUUGUGUGAUCGUGAACUUACCAAUUACAAGGUAGUGUAUGAUCAUGUGAAUGGGAAAAGGCAUCAACGGAAACAAGCUCCCAAGAAAAACAGCUGUGCUAAAAAGCCUGAUGUUUCAAAUAAAAGCUCUGUCAGUACAACACCUGCUUCUGUGUGUGCUACCGUUCCCUGCUCACUUGCUGAUACUGUUGCUAUUGUGGACAAAAGUUAUCAGUUAGAAGUAAUGGAACACACAGUCAAAUUAGACGAUAUGUGGAAAUAUUUUUCUGCACCACUUCAAAUCAAUAGAAAAUAUUUCUGGAUUCAUUCCGGUGAAGUGAUCUGCUCUCUUUGUAAUCAACGUGUAGAAGAACGUGUACGCAGUGUAAAUAUACAUAUUAUAAAAUGUAGUCAUCUGGUACGGAUAAAAAGAUUAAGAAGCUUAGAAACUGCUUGGAAGUCCUCAAAUCAACAAAUGUUGAAAGUAGAGGGCAUUCUAGAUGGCUGUAUUCCUAAGACUCAGUUUACUUUGCAAAAUGAUGGGAUUUUUUGUAGAGUGUGUCAAUGUUUUUGUGAAAAUCAUACUGUAUUAAAUCAUGUGACGAGUAAAAUGCACUACAGAAAGUCACACAAAAUGGAAUAAGUAUAAUAUAAGAAAACAGAAACAGUAAAUGGCAAGAAUCUGUGCAAUUAUAACAUGUUAUUUUUAAUGUAAUUACAUUAUUUCCUUUGGUUUUAUGUUAUGAUUUAUUUGUUAAGGCAUCAAGGCAGAGAUGUGAGAAAAUAGAUAGAACAAAUGGCACUUAAUUAAAGAACUAUUGAUGAGGAGAUAUAAAGGAUUUUCAAUCUAAGCUCAUAGACAACAGUGUUUAACAUGUAGGAGUCUUUGGUCCAAUUCAUCUUGAAUAUAUUAUGUUUCAAUGGCUCUUCCCUUGCCCCAUAGUUUUUAAGAGCAUGUUAUUCUUUGUUGGGUAGUUUAAAUUAAUUUUUAUUUAACUGCUUUUAUGUCUUAUUGAUCAUAUGUAAGACAAUUUGUUAUAUGAGUUACAUCAGGUGUUGAGGUAACAUUUUCUCUUGCUGGUGCACCUACACACCAGUCGACUAUUCAAGCAUCUUGUAUGUAUAACUGUUUUGUUUAUCUAUUCCACAUUCUGUUAUUGAAGAGAGGAGUUGCUGAAUAGGAAUGCUUUUAGUAUUUUUGUUAAGUUAUUUGUUUGUUUAUUUAAUUUUAAAGUGGAAAAACUUGAAAUUAGUAGGCAGGUGAAGUACUCUCGUUGUUGAAGAAAUGUCUGAUCUUACUUUUUUAAUGUUGAAAAGAAGAGUGUUAUCAGGGCUUACAUCAUUCUC